AAGGAAGUAAUGGAGAAUUUAUGGUGGAUUUUUGUUUUUGUUUUCUUUGCUGUUAUAAUUGCUGCUGUUUUUCGAUCCAUCGAACAGGUUUUAGCACAAAUUCCAUCCGGUAAACACAAUAAAAAGGUUAAGAAAAAUACUGUGAAACAAUCAAAGGAAACAGAUGAAGAUUCAACAUUGACAACGCGUGAAAAAUCGUUAGAUGCGAGUUUAGUCAAGAAAAGGAAACAAAUCGGGACGUCUUUCAGGGAAACUUUGCAGUCGGCACACGAAAUGAAUGUAUCACUAUCAAGCGAGUGUUAUUCAGAAGAUGAAACGACAGAAGCCCACAAAGACGAAACGAAUGAAGUUCAAGGUCGUAUUGAAAAUAAAUCCCUGUCAGAUGAAAUGACAGGAACCUACAAAGACGAAACGAAUGAAGUUCAAGGUCGUUUUGAAAAUAAAUUCCUGUCAGGUCUUAAAUAUGACAAAUGCCGUUCAUAUUUUGACAAAGAUGGCCUGAAGAAAGAGAUGGAAAAAGCGGGAGUCUUGCAUGGUCUAAACAAUUACAUCAAGAAUUCUUUUGAAAAAUGGGCUGACAUGGAAUUAAAUGUUGCUGUCACAGGCAAUUCUGGUGGUGGAAAAUCCAGUCUCAUCAAUGCUCUUAGAAAGUUAAAAACCUUCGCACGAAGGGGCGGCUGCUGUUGGUGUUUGUGACUCAACAACAAAAGGUAUGAAAUACAUCUAUCCUGAAAAUCCAAGGGUAGCUCUCUGGGAACUACCUGGCAUGGAAACACAAAGCCUCACAAAAGAGAAAUAUUUCAAUGACAUGAAUUUUCCUAGAUUUGACGUGGUUAUAAUUGUUACAGCUGGGCGAUUCCAAGAAAAUGAUAUAUGGUUGGGAAAAGAGUUGCGUACCAUACGCAAAAAUAUUAUUUUUGUUCGAACAAAAAUUGACAUUGACAUUGCGAACAUUAAACGGGCGUAUCCAGACAUAUUCAAUGAAACUGAAUGCCUAGAUAAAAUAAGAAAUAAUUUAUCAGAAAACAUUCGCCUUGGGGGAAUACCAGAUUUUGUUAGUAAUGUGUUUUUGGUCAGCUCUCCCGAAAGAGAAGUGUACGAUUUUAGUAAUUUCGAUCAGGAAUUUAAAUAUUUAUUGAGCAUCAAUGCAAGCGUCAUCAAAGCUUUACUACAUGAACAAGUUCAAAGACAAAUAAAGAAAGACCAAGAAUCGUGCAAGAAUAAAUUCAAAGGUUUCAUUGGUUUCCUUUACGGUUGGUCUUUGACAUUUAACUUUGACUCUCAAUUACUUGAUGCAUACCGGAAAAAGUUUUGCAUCGAUGAAAGUUCCCUAGAGCUGAUAGCAAAUGAAUUGAACGCCACAAAAAGCGAAUUAAGAAUGUAUCUGACAUCUUACCAAAAACAUCAUUUAAACGUUGGGAUAAUCGACAAAGGAAAAUGUUUGAAAAUGUGUGCUGAAAUGGCAAAAGACGAAAGAUGUUUAGCAAAUCGUCGUCUUAACUUACUUGCAAAACAACUAAAACCGAUUUAAAAGUGGCUCUAAUAAAUAUUUUUUUAAGUUAUAGACUUCAUUAUGGUCAAUACAACACAACUAUAUAAUUUGUCUGAAGUUUCAAGCUUCACAAAUAAUAAAAAUGACAUUUGCGAGUUACAUGGCUAGAAUAACUUCAAAUUCAAUAUUUCAAUGGUGACAUAAUAACAGUAUCCAAGAACAUUGCAAAGCAAACUUUCAGGGCCACGACAGGACAUGUUUUCCAGGUUUUUUUGUUUCUUCGAGAUAUAACAACGGUGAUGCAAUCAAAAUGUAGCGAAAAUGAAACGAAGUAUACAAAUUGACGGUUUUAUCUCUGUUGUUAGUCGUUUUUAUCAUAAAAUGAGACACACUUUAAGACUAUCAGUGGUGUUGUUCUGACCAGAUUUAAAACUGUGCUACAUAUGAGCAUUUUUUUCAAAGACAAGCAACACCUUCGAAAAACCGAAAAUGUGCCAAUCAAGAAGAUCUAUCGUGUACGCAGCAGAAAUACAGAUAUGUGUCCAUUUACAUCUUAAUUCUAAAAUUCUAAUCGAGAAAAUAUUUCCAGAAGUAAAGAAACUUUUUCAGUGCUUGAUUGGAAAAUAUUAUCGUUUGAAACAUUUUUAGAUUAGUAUGUAUGUAAAACAUCUUAUUUUCGUUAAAAAUGGCUUUGACAUAAUUUCGUGUAAGACAGACAUAGAACGUUUUUGAAAAUGAAUUUUAUUAGUCUUUAACACAAAGAAGUGGUGUUCCGUUUCUUGCAGAGUUUAUAGUUUUAUACGUUAAAAGUGCUAGUGAAUUAAAUUACAAACUCUAGAUAAGCUGCGUAUUUGCGUAAAUACGCAAUGAAAUCGCCCCAUGAUAUACAGUAUGUAUUUUCUUAUAUAUAACUGUGUUGUGAACUAUCAAAAGCAUUUUGUAAUGUAAGAAUAUCGAUCAAAGUAAGCCAAUUGUAAUGAAUACGGGUGCAAUAAUUUAACUAUUGUAGUUUGGAAUGGAUAAACAUGGAAUUCGCGUCAUUUUUGUCCUUGUGUAAUUGCUAAAUCUCGUAAAAUAUUUCUUUAAUCGAAAUACUUUUAUUUUUAUAUUCAAUACAAUCUUACGGUAACCGAGACAUAAAAUAUUUAAUGUAAAUUUAUCUUCCACUGACUGUUAUGAAAAUAUCUCAUUGUAGUUCCUCUGGACACAAAGUACUCAGAAGCGAGAUUUUGUGAUGUCAGUAUAUCCGUCGUUCAUCGUCAUCAUUUCUUUCGAUAAACAACUUCUUCCUAACCAUUUGAUAGAUUUGGACUCAAUUUCACAAUAAUGAUUUGUAGGCAGCCCUCUGCGAAUAUUGUAAAUUGUCUUCUCACUUGCUCAAAAAUAAUUUACUAAAAGAAAAACUUAAAUUUGCCCUUUCUAGAAACGAAAUAUCUAUCCAUUUCUUAGGAGUAAUGUGCCUUUAAAGUAAGCAAUUUCUAAUUUCUUAGAUUAAUUCUUCAAUGUGUUCUUAACAAAUAUCAAACAAAUUUUAUACGUCCGUUUGAAAGAACGGGUCGUUUUAAUUUCCCCUUGGCGGGCGGGCGGCCGGGUGGUCGGCGUCCAAAUUUUGUCCGGAGCAUAUCUCCUACACCCAUUGAGGAAUUUAAAGGAAAAAUCCAUAGAAAUGUUUAUUACUAUAUGAAAGAGUGUUGCGCACACAAACCAAGUCUCUAGGUCAAAGGUCAAGGUCACACGGAGAGGUCAUUGAAAAACGAUUGUCCGGAGCAAAACUAUAUGCUUAGAGAGAUUUCAAUAUAACUUGGCACAAAUGUUCACUAUGGUAAGCAGGAGUGUUGCGUGCAAAAUGUAAGUCCCUUCUGCCAAGGUCAAGGUCACACAUAGUGAUCAAAGUUCAGAUUAAAAUAUGAAAAUGUGUAUUUUGACCAUUAAGUCAUCAUUUAUUGAGGGAUUGGAACAUAAAUGGUCAUUAUCAUGACUAUUGGUGCGAAACAUGUAAUUUAGGUUAAUAUAUGCAAGGUCAAGGUCACUAAAGGUGAUAAAAUGAAGAGUUUGUCCAAAGCAUAUCUCCUACACAUAUGGAGAGAUUCUAAUGAAACUUUAUUGAAAUGUUCACCAUUAUAAAAAGCAGUGUCACUCGCAUAAACCAGGGGGCCGUUUUAUCAACGCUCUACGACACGUCGUAGACUAGUUUUUGUCGCAGACAUGUCGCAGAACGUUAAAACCGUUUUAUUAACGUUUGUCGUAGCCUACGACGUCGUAGAAAAUGUCGCAGCUCUACGACAGGGUUGGGGCUGUCGUACGACGUUUCUGUGACGUCAAAACUGGCGAUCACUGUUUACAUGUAAACAUGCUCAGCACAU